CAAUGUGACAGUAGAAGAAGACCAACAUAGCCGCAGCAGGCUAGUGUGGUUGGUCACAAUAGACGAAACUGGCUUUAUUUCUAUGAAUAUCAAAGAUGGAAGAUAAAAGAAGAUAAAACUCCAGGAAAACAACAGUUAUCACUUUGUGGUCUGCAUUGGUUUCAAAUAUCUUGCAGUGAUGGCAACAGAGGAAGAAAUCAAUUUGCUGGUCAUCGUUGUGGAUGUGAAUCCGAUAUGGUGGGGGCAGCAAGCUCAACGUGAGACAGAGCUCACCUUGUCGAAGUGUCUGGAUGCAGUGAUGGUGCUGGGCAACUGCCACAUGGCCAUGGCCAGGACGAACAGGCUGGCUGUUAUCGCCAGCCACUGUCAGGACAGUCACUUCCUGUAUCCCAGUAAGAGCUGGAGAUCGGGGGACGGCAGUUUGGAUGAUGCAUCCUCCAGUGGGGAUGGAAAAUAUGAACUCCUGUCAGUUGCGAAUAACCUAAUUGCUGAAGAGAUCAGGAAGGUUAUGACAAAAACUGAGGUGAUGGGAAAUUCAACCGAUACUUUGUUGGCUGGGACACUUGCCAAAGCUCUCUGCUAUAUUAACAGGGUCUCAAAAGAGGUUGAAGCUGGACAGGACAUAAAAUCAAGAAUAUUGGUUAUAAAAGCAGCCGAGGACUGUGCCCGCCAGUACAUGAACUUCAUGAAUGUCAUUUUUGCUUCCCAAAAGCAGAACAUCCUGAUUGAUGCCUGCGUGUUGGACUCAGACUCAGGUCUCCUGCAGCAGGCUUGCGAUAUAACUGGAGGAUUGUACCUCAAGAUACCACAGAAAGUUGCCCUGGCACAAUACCUUUUGUGGGUGUUCCUGCCUGACUCUGAGCAGCGUUCACAGCUGGUGCUGCCACCGCCUGCACACGUGGACUACAGAGCUGCAUGUUUCUGCCACCGUAACCUCAUUGAGAUUGGCUACGUGUGCUCAGUUUGUCUGUCAAUAUUCUGCAACUUCAGCCCCAUCUGCACAACCUGCGAGACUGCCUUCAAAAUCCAACUACCACAGAUGGUUAAGCCCAAAAAGAAGAAACUCAAGCAAACUACAUGACUUCUGUUAGGAUUACACUAUUGUAGUGAAUAUAGUUUGUUUCCUUUUUGGAUGAGCAGAUGAUACCAUUCUGUUUUGUUUAUAUUUGUAACAAACUUCCGUGACAUCCUGGAGAUGUCUUUGAGGCUGUUGGACCAUGUGAACAUGUUCACCUGACUGACGUUGACUGUCUUAACAUAUACAUAGGCUGAUUACUUUACUUAACUGUUCGCCCAAAAAUAUUCCUCUCUCAGUACAAGAGAUUCAAUUUCAUCUCAACCGGUCUAUUAUUUCUUCUUUGUAGAUACAAAAUGUUUUCCAGAAAAGUUUGGUCGAUACGUAUAUAUGUAACGUAUGCAACGUGCACUCAAACAUUUGGUUGGUUUAACAUUUGCUCGUGGGUCUUGAUUUAAGUGUGGUUGUUUUGUUCAUAUUGAUAGA